AUUUAAAUUAUUUUGUCCUUAAAGGGGCUUCUGUGUGCAUCUGAAACUUUGCUGUCCUUUCUACUGGUGCUGAGAAGCAAUGUGGUCAGGUGAGAUUUCUUCACAAACCAGUUUCAGCUAAGAGGCUACAUCAGAAAACUCCUCCUCUGACUUCUUUAACAACAUAACCUGUGAGUGACAAAGCCAUAGUCAACUUCUCCUCUGAGCGGGCAAAAAACCACUACUUGUUCUUAGUAACACACAGUCUUACCUGUUUGAAGAGAUCGACAGAGCCUCAACAUGGUGUCUGGUGGAAGACAGAUUCUGGGUAUGGCCCUGGCCAUCAUCGGCUUUCUGGGGAGCAUCAUCAUCUGCGCUCUCCCUACCUGGAAAGUCACAGCCUUCAUUGGUGCCAACAUUGUCACUUCUCAGGUGAUCUGGGAGGGUUUGUGGAUGAACUGUGUGACCCAGAGUACAGGCCAGAUGCAGUGCAAAGUCUAUGACUCUCUCCUGGCCUUACCGCAAGACCUGCAGGCUGCCAGAGCUUUCACCAUCAUUGCCAUCAUCGCUGGGGUCUUUGGGAUCUUUCUUGGCGUGGCCGGUGGCAAGUGCACCAACUUUGUGGUUGAAGAAAGGGAAAAGAGCAAAGUGGCCAUCGCUUCUGGAAUCCUCUUCAUCAUCGCAGGCCUCAUGGUGCUUAUCCCUGUUUGCUGGACCGCCAACACCAUCAUUCGUGAUUUCUACAACCCCAUCAUGACCGACGCUCAAAGAAGGGAGCUGGGGGCCUCGCUCUACAUUGGCUGGGGCUCGGCGGGGCUGCUGUUCCUAGGCGGGGGACUCCUCUGCAGCUCCUGUCCCCCCAGAGAUGAGAACGACUAUGAUGUGAAGUACGCCAAGGCUCGCUCUACGGACAGCGGCAAGGCCUACGUUUAGAUCUCAGCUGGAAGCAGAAUUCGGACAGUGUGAUGGGAAGAGAUAAGAAAAAGAGUUUAUGAGUGUCACCUCAUUUUCCCAUGAACAUGAGUCAAGUUCCACAAUUUAAAAUAAUAAUAUCUAAAAUGUAAUUAAAGUAGAUAGGAACAUUUGCAGUAUGACUGUGUAACUUAAGUAUAUGUUUUAGUCUUAAAAGAGUCGUAUAUGUUGUAAACAUGCAAUAUUUGUAUUCUUUAUGCAAUGUUUUGUAUUUUACACCAUUAUGGACACUUUCACACAGUUUUCCUUAUAUUGUUUAGUUUAUUUUGUUUAUUAGUCACACUCACUCAGCGUGUUCUCUAUGAUGUGUUCAGAACAUGUGUGUUAGGAACUGCUAUAUACAAAACAAUUGUAUAUUUAUGUGAAAUCUGCACGUGUAGUUACUGUUUGGUGUCUAAGUCUGAUAUUUUGGCUCUUCUUUCUUGAUUAAAAUAGUUGAAUACUGAUGAUUAUGUGACUGAUUGAGAUAUACUGUUCAAAUAGAAUUUUCUUUGGUUGUUGUUUUUCUCUUUUUGUAUUAUUGUAUACCAUUAAAAUCUAGGUCAUUUGAGCAUGUGUGGCUGGUGGUUUUUAUUUUUUCAAAGGGAAGAACAGUUACAGUGGUGACAAAUGCCAAAAAACCCCAGCUGAACAGUGGAUCUGGUUUUUCAGGUGUACAUGAAAGAUUCCUUACAAACAGGUUGUGUGACAAUGUGUGUCCCUCCUGCUAUAGAGACCUUGCUGAA